CUCCCCCAAAAACCUCCCCAAACCCCCAGAAACUCCCAUCCCAUCAGGCCAUCACCUCCGCUCCUCGACCUCCACCUCAGUCGCCGCCGCCGCCGCCGCUUCCCCGUCUCUGCUCAGCUCACUGCUCUCAAGGUAUCCUCUGCCUGCCUCCUCGUCUUUCUCCCACGCCCACACCGCUGCUGCCACCUCCCUUCGUCUCCGACCUUGUUCUUCGCGCUUUAUUUCGCCUCUGCGUCGUCCCAUUCCAGCUCCUUCCGUUCCUUCCUUCCCAGUACGAGUGGGACUCCGAGAGGGAAGGGAAGAAGAAGCUCCUCUCCUCUCCUCUCGCCGAGGAGUCACUCACUCGAUCUUUUUUUUUUCACGGAGCUCGAAAACCGUUAGCGAUAGUACCCGGCGGGGGCCGCGGCCGCUGCCUCUGCGUCGGUACGAGCGCGCCAGGGGAGAGGACGGGGCGCGGCUUUACUGCUGCCUCUGCUUUCAGCUACUCGUAGCUGCUGCUCCUGCUCCUGCUGCAUUUCUGCUCCUCUUUUUAAAGAGCCCAUCUUUACUGCGGCCACUCCCUCUUCCAGUCUUCCCCUUCCUUCUCCCUGCGCCCGCCUGCCUUCCUAGCUCGCCUCCCUCACUCCCGACCCUUUGCUCUUUAUUCCCCUGCCGAUCCGCAGCGCAGGAGGGAAUCCACUCGGCCGUCCGCUCCGAUCGCCCUGCCGCUUCCUUUCCUGCUGGGGUCAGGGCUGCAGGGCCAGAGGAAUUACUCGUCUUUCCUUCCUUGCGCGGCGAGGGCGAGGGGUUUAGCGCCCGGCCGCGAGCUCGCUGUUCUGCCUUCGUGCCAUGUCGCGGUCGCGCACGGUGCGGAUCUUCUGGGACGACCCGGACCUGACGGACUCCUCCGGCGAGGAGGAAGGGUGCGGCGCACGGAGGGUCGGAAGGAUGGUUCGGGAACUGCCGCCCGUGGCGGUAGCAGCGGCUCCUGCUGCUCCCUUGCCGGAGCAGUGCAGCGCCGGGGACGGCGAGCGCGGGAGGAGGGUCGCCGGCGGCGUUGGCCCAGGUGUUUGCAGCGGCGCGCGGAGGCGGCUGGCCAAGGGCGGGCCGGGCGCGACGAGCACCAAGUUCCGCGGCGUCCGGAGGCGGCCGUGGGGCAAGUUCGCGGCGGAGAUCCGCGACCCGUGGCGCGGCGUGCGCGUCUGGCUCGGCACCUUCGACACCGCCGAGGAGGCCGCGCGCGUCUACGACACCGCGGCCAUCCAGCUCCGCGGGCCCAACGCCACCACCAACUUCUCGGCGGCCAACUCCGGCUCCGGGGUCGGCCAGGACCAGGACCCGGCGACCCCCGGGUACGAGUCCGGCGCCGAGUCCUCUCCCGCGGCGUCUUCCCCGACGUCCGUGCUCCGCAAGGUCCCGUCGCUGUCCUCCCUCGCGGAGGACUCCAAGGACGAUUCCGACGCCGCCCCUUGCGAGCCGGAGCCGGCUGCUGCCCCGGAGCGCCGCAGCCUGUCCGUCCUGGAGGAGGAGGAGCUCGGCGAGUUCGUGCCGUUUGAGGACGCGCCGGUGUACGCCACCAGCGGCUUCUGGGACAUCCAGCCCGACGCGGGGUUCCUCUACGCCGAGCCGUCGUCGCCAGAGGCGUCGUGGAACGCCGCCGCCAGCUUUGGCCCCGCCUCCUCCGGCGAGGCGCCCAGCUGGGCCGCGGCGUCGCCGACGGUGCAGGAGAACGACUACUUCGAGGACCUGCGCGACCUCUUCCCGCUCCACCCGCUUCCCGCGAUUUUCUGAAACGAACGGACGGGGAGCGCUAUAGCUGCAACGGCUUCGUUCUUCGUCUACCGGAAUGUUUUUCUUUUUCUUUUUUGGACGUCGAGAGAGAGAGUGGUGUCUCGUGCUUGAGUAGUUGAGUGCACUGUGUACCCGUACGCCUUCCCCCGUGCCCUGUUUUUGUCGAUCGAGUCGAUGAGAAGUGUAACAUGCCGCCGAUGAGUACGUAGUAGUAGAGUUUUUGAUGUGCCGGUACGAGUCUAGCUGGUGUAUGGAGUAUCGUAAAGUGUUUUUUUUUUGCUGUGCCGUCAGAUUUUGUUGUGCCUAGAUGGAUAGUAGUAUGGAGUA